CCAUCCAAUAUGUCUGGUGGCUUUUAAUUUCUGCCUGUUUUUCGUUGAAUCUGAUGAUUCCUAUAUUUACCAAACAGUUCAUUGCUACAGCAGGAUAUAAAUUUAAACUAAGAUCAUCACUUCAAACCUCUAAAGAGGUAAGGUACCGAUUUUUUAGUUACUUUUACCGGCGAGAAUUUGCCUCCAUAACCGGGCUUGUCAUGGGAGACAAUCAGCUGACCGAUUCUGGAGCCACUCUCGUCGCAGUUUGUCAGAUGAACUCCACCAAUGACGUGGACCGUAACAUGGGAAUUUGCAAAGAUUUAAUAAACAAAGCCAAGUCGAGAGGAGCCAAGUUUGUGUUUUUGCCUGAAUGUUUUGACUAUGUAGGAGAAAACAGCGAACAGUCUUUGUCAAUGGCAGAACCACUGGAGAGUCCAAGAAUGCAAAUUUUAUGUGAAUUAGCAAAAGAACUGGGUGUGUGGCUCUCCCUUGGUGGAUACCAUGAAAAGGGUCCACCAGAUGAUAAGAGGCUGCGUAACUCGCAUGUCAUUGUGAAUGACAGUGGCUCCAUAGUUGCAGUGUAUCGGAAAAUACAUCUGUUUGAUAUUGAUGUGAAAGAUGGACCCAGGCUUAAGGAAAGUGACACCUGUAUCCCUGGUAACCAGAUAGUGCCACCUGUGUCUACCCCUGUGGGGAAUGUUGGCCUUGCCAUUUGCUAUGAUGUACGUUUUCCAGAGCUGUCCCUUAUUUUAGCACAACAGGGAGCCGACAUCUUAACAUUUCCAUCAGCAUUUACUCAGAUCACUGGAUCAGCACACUGGGAGGUUUUAUUAAGAUGUCGUGCUGUGGAGAACCAAUGUUAUGUCAUAGCUGCUGCACAAACAGGACAGCAUAAUGCCAAACGACGGUCUUACGGUCACGCUAUGGUUGUAGAUCCUUGGGGCUGUGUUAUUGCUCAGUGUCAUGAAGGAAAUGACGUGUGUGUAGCAGAAAUUGACCUUGGAUACUUAAACAAGGUUCGGCAACAGAUGCCGUUGAUGAAUCAUCGGAGAACUGAUAUCUAUGGAAGCCUUAAUUCGGGACCGAAGCUUUGAGUAUGUCUUAACUAAAAUGCCCUCGAGGCGAAAAAGAAGUGUUAUCGAUCUCAAUUCAAUUCCAGCUGACUUAGUGAGUAGAAUAGAAAAGAACUGCUAAUAGCACGAAUAUUCCCUACAACAAACUGAUUUAGCCAAGUUUACUUAAUGUAAAUAAUUAUGCACUUCAAUCUUUGACGCCAGUCACUUUCUCUCUCAAUCUAACUCUCCUAAAGCAAGAUAAUUUGGUUUUAUCAACUGUGUUGAUAAUGUAAAUUAGCCACCUUAAAGAGUUUGUAAAGCUGAUGUUUCGAGGGGUAGCUUUCCCGCCGACACAGCACCACAGUUUCUUUAGAAACUUACCCCCCUUUCACCUGAAGCAACUCGAUUUGAACAGAAUG